AUGGCUUUUUCGCCAACAGAAUCUCCUGUUUAUGGUGGAGAUGAGUUGACAGUCACUGUUGACAAUUUGGAUUUACCUUCAACUGCAGAAUUCUUUAUUUUAUACACCGGAUCAAAAGAACGCCGGGUUACAAGAGCACAAAGAAUCAACAGUGCAACAUUCCAAGGAAAUAUUCCAGAUCAUGCUUUAGAAGAAAAUGUUGAGCUGGAAGUAUUUUGUAAGUCAGAGAAAGAUGGAAGUGCUGAUUACAAACGAAUUGGGAAUGGACAAUUCCGUUACCUUAAUGACUCUGCUCAUUCUCUGGCAAAAAAACUUCUGGAUAUAAAUACAGACCAGGAGAUUAAGCUGGACAUAGAAAAUGAAGAUCUUUCAACACUGGAUACUCGAUUGAAGAAAUCCUUGGAACAUAUUACUAAAACAGAGGGAUGGCCAGAUGAUAUCAAAGAUAAAGAACAUAACAAUCGGAACACCCUCCUCCAUUUUGCCGCUCAUCAUGGACUUUCGCAGGUGGUCAGUUUGGUUGUGAGCGGUAUCAGUGAUGAAGCCAUUCAGACCACAAAUUCCCAAGGAAAAACUGCAAGAGAACUUGCUCUUGAUCAGGGACACAAGGAAAUAUCAGACUUGCUAUCUGACAGUUGUACGAGAAGUGUGGUGAAACCUGAAAUUAUGAUGUUUGAACGGAAUGGCGCAGUUGUUCAUAAAAAUCACAAUGGUGCCAUAUCUAUUGCAACUCCUCAUAUAGAUGGAGACAGUGUCACCAGUGACAUGGAUCUUUUAAAUGCAAUUGAAAUUGAGAUGACCCAGAAAGAACAAGAAAAUGCAGAAAGUUCCCAAGAUAAAAUACUUGAAGAGUCAACAGGUGAAAAUACUGAAAUAAAGUUAUCAGAAGAGAACCAACCUGAAGAUAUUUCCCAAGAUGAUGAUGCUGGACUUGAUAUAACUGGCAACGAGGAAGCAGACAGCCUGAAAUGCACUCCAGUUGAGGAGAAAGUCGAUUCUGAAAUGGUACCUGAAGAGGAAGUUGUCAUUGCAAAUGAUGAAAAUGAAAUAAAAACAGACAAGGAAAAUGAUGCUGCUGUCAGUAACACUAUUACAGACAUAGCAACAGACGCUGCUGUUAUUGAGUGUGUGGGUGACAAAGAAUCUCCUUGUGAAGUAGAAGACAAUGUUGAGAGUUUGUUUGAGGACAGUGGGGAGAAGGUUAUUGAAGAAAUCACUGAGGAACAUGACAAAGACACUCAGCAUCUGUUGAAUGAAAAACUUGAGAUUCUUGAGGAAGACCUUGAAGAGAACAAAAUGGGCAAAAAUCAAGAUGAUGCUUCAAAAACUGAAGAAGCCAUUCCAAGCAAUGUAUCACUCUCUUUUCCUCUUCCGUCCUUGUCAUUGACAACAACUGAUACUAAUUCUUUUGUCACUGCACAAGAAACGGUUGCAACAGCAACAGACGAAUCUAAAACAGAUGAACUUAAUGAUUUUGAAGCUGUACUUGAUUCUGCAGCUACAGGUACUCCUUCUGAGGACACUUCCAUGCCCGUUAGCCAGGAGGUUUCUCCUGAGGAAAGCCAUGAGGUUACUGCAGCUGUAGAAACACCGUUAAGUGAAGAAGCUGAUUCUGAGAUUGUAAGGGCCGAAGAAGAAAGCCCAAACAGUGACGAGAGCACCGAUUCUGAUUCUUCCUUGCCUCUCCCAUCUUCACCACCACCACCACCACCACCACCACCAACAUCCCAAGAGGCAAAUAUCGACAAUGUUGAUCUUCAUACGACCUGCAGUGACCGUUCCUUUACAGGGGGAGAUAACUCUUCCCUGUCUGGUCGGAUCAGUACUGGUGUUACUGGCGUAGCAUUUGAUGAAAUUGUAAUGCGUAAGCAUAACAAGGAUAAAGUGGAUCUAGGACCAGUCAUGGGGGAAAUGUGCAUUUUGGAUCCUUUACUUGAAGAACGGGAGACUAGCGAGGAAUCAAUUGGAAAGCCUCCAAUGAUAUUACCCACCAGUUAUCCGAAGAAAGAAGCAGCAUUUGCACUCUCUCACUCUCUCUUUUUCUCUCUCUCACUCUCUCUUUUUCUCUCUCUCACUCUCUCUUUUUCUCUCUCUCACUCUCUCUUUUUCUCACUCUCUCUUUUUCUCUCUCUCUCUUUUUCUCUCUCUCUCUUUUCUCUCUCUCUCUUUCUCUCCUCUCUCUUUCUCCUCUCUCUUUCUCCCCUCUUUCUCUCUCCUCUUUUCUCUCUUUCUCUUUUCUCUCUCUCUCCUCUUUUCUCUCUCCUCUCUUUCUCUCUCCUCUCUCUUUCUCUCUCCUCCUCUUUCUCUUCUCUUUCUCUUUCCUCCUCUUUCUCUCUCACUCUCUUUCUCUCUCCUCUCUUUUCUCUCUCCUCCUCUCUUUCUCUUUCUUUCCUCUUUCUUUUCUCUCUCUCUUUCUCUCUCUCACUCUCAAAGCUUUGA